AUAAUUUCCAAUGAUUAUUUGUAUUUCUCCUUGAUGCUCAAUCCUUGAGACGCGCGAUUUGAUCUAUUACCUCAGUACUGGAAACUGUUCCGCGGGAGCUACAAAAUACAAGACCACCCAGCAAGCCGAGGACCCUUUAUGAGCAAAGGACAAACAAGAUGCAUUGUGAGAGAUUUAUAUGUAUCCUGAGAAUACUUGGAACCACGCUCUUUGGGGUCUCCCUCCUGCUCGGAAUCACAGCUGCUUACAUUGUUGGCUACCAGUUUAUCCAAACAGACAAUUACUAUUUCUCUUUUGGACUCUAUGGUGCUAUUUUGGCAUCACAUCUCAUCAUCCAAAGCCUAUUUGCCUUUUUAGAACACAGGAAAAUGAAAAGAUCACUUGAGACUCCAAUAAAGUUGAACAAAACAGUUGCCCUUUGUAUUGCUGCCUAUCAAGAGGAUCCUGACUACUUAAGAAAAUGUUUACUUUCAGUGAAAAGAUUGACCUACCCUGGAAUUAAAGUUAUCAUGGUCAUUGAUGGGAACUCAGAAGAUGACAUUUACAUGAUGGACAUUUUUAGUGAAAUCAUGGGCAGGGACAAAUCUGUCACUUAUAUAUGGAGGAAUAACUUUCACGAGAAGGGUCCAGGUGAGACAGAGGAGUCACAUAAAGAGAGUAUGCAACACGUAACUCAACUAGUCCUAUCCAACAAAAGUAUUUGCAUCAUGCAGAAAUGGGGUGGAAAAAGAGAAGUAAUGUACACAGCAUUCAAAGCGCUGGGGAGAAGUGUGGAUUAUGUACAGGUUUGUGAUUCAGAUACAAUGCUUGAUCCAGCCUCAUCGGUGGAGAUGGUAAAGGUUUUAGAGGAAGAUCCAAUGGUUGGCGGAGUUGGGGGUGAUGUGCAGAUUUUGAACAAGUACGAUUCCUGGAUCUCCUUUCUCAGCAGCGUGAGAUACUGGAUGGCAUUUAACAUAGAACGAGCCUGUCAGUCCUAUUUUGGCUGUGUACAGUGCAUCAGUGGACCCUUGGGAAUGUACAGGAACUCCUUACUGCAUGAAUUUGUGGAAGAUUGGUACAAUCAAGAAUUUAUGGGCUCCCAGUGUAGUUUUGGAGAUGACAGACAUCUAACUAACCGAGUGCUGAGUCUGGGUUAUGCCACAAAGUACACAGCUAGAUCAAAGUGCCUUACUGAAACACCUAUAGAAUAUCUAAGAUGGUUGAACCAGCAGACCCGUUGGAGUAAAUCAUACUUUAGAGAGUGGCUGUAUAAUGCAAUGUGGUUCCACAAGCAUCAUUUGUGGAUGACUUACGAAGCUGUAAUCACUGGAUUCUUUCCUUUCUUCCUCAUUGCCACAGUCAUUCAGCUUUUCUACCGGGGGAAAAUCUGGAACAUCCUCCUUUUCUUGUUGACAGUUCAGUUAGUGGGCCUUGUAAAGUCUUCCUUUGCCAGCUGCCUUAGGGGGAACAUUGUCAUGGUGUUCAUGUCACUCUACUCAGUGUUGUACAUGUCAAGUUUACUUCCAGCGAAGAUGUUCGCAAUAGCCACAAUAAACAAAGCAGGGUGGGGCACAUCAGGAAGAAAAACCAUUGUCGUCAAUUUCAUAGGACUUAUUCCAGUAUCUGUUUGGUUUACAAUCCUUCUAGGCGGUGUGAUUUUCACUAUAUGCAAGGAAUCAAAAAAGUCAUUUUCCGAUUCAAAACAGACAGUUCUCAUCAUUGGUACAGUACUCUAUGCAUGCUACUGGGUUAUGCUUUUGACUUUGUAUUUGGUUCUUAUCACCAAAUGUGGCAGGCGGAAGAAAGGGCAACAGUACGAUAUGGUGCUUGAUGUAUGAUAUUUCUGCAGAACGUUACACGGAAAAUUUUAAAGCAACCCAACAACUUGAUAGUAUUUGUGGCAUUGAAUUAAUGUCACCACGAGAAAUGGAUCACUGCUGCUGGGACUCAAACAUUCAUUUUUCUAUGGGUUCAUUUUCAUCCUGCCAAAGUAAAAACACACCAUUGUUUUUUUUCUGAGGGGGGAAAAAAAACCAGAUUCCACCUGUUCACAGGAAAAUGGGAGGACUUCUUUGUUUAUGCACUUUUUUUUAUUGUGCAUAUGCCUGACAGUGUUACGUUCUAUAUACCUCACUAGUCAUGCUUAUGUGGGUGGACAGGAAGGAAAUGAGUUUGGUGAAUCAAGCAAAGGAUCUUGCAACCUAAUUUAUGAACUUUUUAGAAUAUUUUUGUUUUAUAGGAAGGGUCUUUUUGUGUUAGGCUGACAAAUGUAAUGCCAAAGGUAAAUUUUAAGAGGCCAUUGGCUGAGCUGUAUUUUUAUAUUAUUGUCUUAUUUGUGUGUGUGUGUAUUUUUACACCAACUUUUUAAAAAAAUUGCAUAUUUUAUAUUUUACUUAUCUGCCAAAAGAACACCUCCCCAACAUUUUGCUCUCUAUCUAUCCUUCUGAAUAUGUUUUGAAAGAAUUCACACUUCUUCUCCCCGCAAAAAGCUUCCCACAAUGUGAAAACGUGUUGAUUUUGAUAUUGUUCACAACAAAAAUAAUAAAAUGUCUCUACAUUUUUUAAAUUGCUGAAUGGUUAUUUCUGUGAAAAGUAUUUAAAUGUUCUCUUGAACUUUUGACUUAAUUGUAUUGGAAAAGGCCAACAUUGUUGUCAGUUUUUGAAUAGAAACAUAUUUGUAUGCACAAAAAGGCCAAAGGGGUACAUAUGUGCAAUUUUAUUGGAGGACAUUGUAAGAGGGAACUCUGAUUCUCUAAAAAGAACACGACAGUCUCGGCAUAUGGCCAUGGGUAUAAAAUGGCCUAUUCUUGAUGCCAUUGAAGUUAAUGGCAAAACUCCCAUUGGUUUUGAUAGGAAAAGGAUUUGGGCCUACAGGUUCUGAUCUUAGGACGUGCUGAGCACCCACAACUCUUUGACUUCCAUGAACGUUGCAGAUGCUCACCACUGCUCAGGAUCAGGCAGAGAGUGCACAUUUUCUUAGGAUAAAAAUUAAAUGCAUUGAAGACAAAAAAUGGCCAAAAAUUUCAAAACCCGGGUGCCUAAAUAAGGCUUCUAAACUGACAUCCGUAUAUCUUUUAAGGCCAGAAGAAACCAUCAAUCCAUACAAUUUUACUCAGUUACCCCUGUAGAGAGCCCAAUAACUUGUGUCUGACGAAAACAUAAGACGAAAAUAUAAUUAAGGCACUGGGUUUGAAAGCUUUGGAAAAGUAACUAGGACUAAAUUCUAACCAGGACGUUAGGCAAAGGAAUGCAGCAUUAAGCCUUAAUAUACUAUAUAAUGAUAGAACAUUGGCUGCAUACAAAUAUAGGCCCUUUUGGAUUCUGGCUUAAAAAGGACUGUGGCAAAGCAGAAACCAGCAUAUAUUUUUAACAACCUAGAAGCAUGUUCACCUUCCUUUAUAUGCAGACAUGAAUAUUUUCUGCUGUAGAAUGAAUGGGCCACACACUACCUUACUUGUCUGAUUAUGUUAAGGUACAUACAUGGUUGCUUGAAUGUCAUACUAAUAUGUUCAUGAUUGACGAGUUGAUCUUUGUUGGUUACAAAACAGAACAAGCAGUAUUAAAAACAAGUAAAAGAAACAUUUUUAAAAAAAACUUGAGUUUGCCUUUUAACUAUUUAUGUUGUAAGUUAAAGCUUGAGUAACAUUCAAAUGUCAAAUAAAUCCUCUCAUUCUAUAAGAUAUUGAAUU